ACAAACUCCACCAUCGGCCGGCGAUCAGCAGCAGUAGCAGCAAGAACACACCACUCUCAUUGAAUUGGAAGACCAUUCGUUGCUGUCGUCGCCGUCUCAAUAUCACAGUGUUUGUUUGAUCGUUGAUCGCUGAGCUCGUGUGCGCGCUCGCAUUGUGGCAGUCAGUUAGUUGACGACGAAGCGGAUACGGAUACAAUUGUACGUGGUGGCGGCAUUUGCCAAAACGGUUAAAACAAUCGAGGAAACGUUCAAAUAGUUCAUUCCUAAAACAAGCUGCGUUCAAAACGCAACUCCUGGAAAAAUAAUAAUAAUCGAUACGAUUCUUGUCAUAGCUCUUGCAAGUUCUUAAUUUCACUUCUAAUUGUGCAUUGUGUUGUGUGUGUAUGUGCAUCUGCUUUGUGAUUACUUGAUAAUUCUUUGAGAAUUAUAUAUAAAUAUUUUUUUUGUUUUAUUUGUUUAACAAAUGAAAAAAAUCAGAAAAAAGCUUACAUAAAUAGUAAUGAUCUGCAGAAAGAAAUAAAUUAUAUCAAAUGUCCAUAAAGUGUACACUGUGUUAAAUUGUAUCCUCCACCUGUCACCAAUUUUAUUAGAGAAAAAUUUUUAAACAGAUUUGUGCAAUAUUUUCCUUGGCUACACCAUAGAAAGGAAGCAAAAUAAAGUAGCAAACGAAUAUUUGUGAUUUCAACAUUAAAUGUUACAUUUCGGAUUAUAUUUCUAAAAAUUUCCUAGCUGUCUGCACAUUUCGAUUAACAAAAGAUUUCUCAUGGUUAUGGCUUUGAUAUUAUUAAUGGCAAUUGCCAUCCUGCUCGCUUUCUACUGUAACUUGGAUUUACGUAAAUUUUCUGAAUGCUAUAUCAAACCGCUGCUGCUCAACAAGGAUCAACUGAAUAAGUUUGCCAAUGAUUCGGAGGCGUCCAUAACCACAGAGACAGACUAUUAUCAUGCACGAGAAAUACGACCCAAGGGGGUAUUCGAUAUACCGGGACCAAAGCCGCUGCCACUGCUGGGUACAAAAUGGAUUUUUCUAUUAUUUUUUCGAAAAUAUAAAAUGUCCAAACUGCAUGAGGUGUAUGCCGAUCUAAAUCGCAAAUAUGGUGACAUUGUUCUAGAAGUCAUGCCCUCUGGCCUGCCCAUUGUUCACUUAUUCAAUCGUGCCGACUUGGAAAAGGUCCUUAAGUAUCCCAGCAAAUAUCCCUUUAGACCACCCACGGAAAUUGUGGUAACCUAUCGCCGCUCUCGCCCUGAACGUUAUGCCAGCGUUGGUAUUGUUAAUGAACAGGGUCCAACAUGGCAAAAGUUACGCUCCUCCCUAACUUCGUUCAUAACCUCGCCGAGAAUUUUGCAAAACUUUUUGCCAGCCCUGAAUUUGGUAUGUGAUGAUUUUAUUGAUCUUUUAAAAGCACAUAGAGAUCCUCACACGUUUGAGGUUACCAAUUUUGAAGAUAUUGCAAAUCUGAUGGGUCUAGAGGCGGUGUGCACACUAAUGCUGGGCCGUCGCAUGGGAUUCCUUUCCACGAACACCGAACAGCCGGAGAAGAUCAAACAGUUGGCGGCCGCUGUUAAGCAGCUAUUUAUUUCCCAAAGAGAUUCCUACUAUGGCUUCGGCAUGUGGAAGUAUUUUCCCACGCAGACCUACAGGAAAUUUGCCCACGCCGAGGAAACCAUUUAUGAUGUGAUUUCGGAAAUGGUCGACCAGGCUCUGGAAGAGAACAAUGCCAAUUUCAUGCAUCACGACGACGAUGUGCGCAGUGUAUUUCAACACAUUUUGGAUCUGAAAGAUUUGGACAUCAGAGACAAGAAAUCAGCUAUUAUUGAUUUCAUUGCAGCCGGUAUUGAAACGUUAGCCAAUACUUUGUUGUUUGUUCUGAGUUCGGUGACCGGCAAUGAGGAGGUGAUUGGCAAAAUCCUACAAGAAUUUCAGGACCAUCGUCACACAAUAAUACUUCAGGAUGCUUUCACCAAUGCCACAUACACCAAAGCCUGUAUCCAGGAAUCGUAUCGCAUCAGGCCAACAGCGUUUUGUUUGGCGCGAAUAUUAGAAGAAGAUAUGCAACUGUCGGGCUAUGAUCUCAAAGCUGGGACAGUUGUACUUUGUCAAAACAUGAUCGCCUGUCACAAGGACAAUAAUUUUGCAGAGGCCAAAACAUUUCAUCCCGAACGAUGGAUAGACAAGGAAGGCAACUUCAGUGUUAACAUUGAAAGCUCAACAAUAGUUGUUCCAUUUGGCAUUGGAAAACGUACCUGUCCGGGUAAACGAUUUGUGGAAAUGGAAAUUGUGUUGCUGCUGGCCAAGCUCCUGCUUGCUUUCGAUAUAAAAUUCACAAAACCGCUGGAAACGGAAUUUGAAUUUUUGUUAGCGCCUAAAACGCCGCUAAGUUUAAUACUUCGUGAUCGUGUUUUUUAGACGGCAACAACAACUCACACCAAAACCACCAGCCGCAGCAAUGAAACACAGGCGCACAACUAAAAGUAUUCUUCUCUAUUAUUUCUAUUUAUUUCUUUUUAAGAGUUACCAGAUUGUUUUUAAUUUAAGCUAACAAAAAGAGCCAAGGAAUCAGAAACGCCCCAACAAAUUCACACAUUUUAAGUUUAACCUAAAAUUUGUAAAUUAGCUUAAUUUUGUGAUUGUGAAGUGUGAUGACGUUGCGGCGCCUCUCUUUCUGGCUCAAUCAUUCAUUCCACAACGAGUGCAAUCAAUAUUUUUAUUAUUUUUUUGGUCAAUUCUUAGUUUGUAAGUAGCAGCAUUUUUGUGUGAGAGUAACGAAAGACUGUAUAACGAUAUGCAAUUAAAUGUUAUUUAUUAAAACAAAAAUAAAACGAAAAUAAAAUAUUAUUGUAAGCAUUACAGAAAAAAAAACAAGAAAACAAAAAAAAAGUAUAGCAGUAAAUAAAUUUAUAAUAAAAAAAAUUAUAAAAAAGA